CUCAAAUGGGAAGCAAUGGGAAGGAAGGAAGGAAGGAAGGAAGAGUGGGUCGGCUCGGUUUUUUCCAAGUGACCUCACGGUCCAUUUGGCUGCGAGGGAAGGAAAAAGACAAGCGAUGUGGUAAGACAGCUGUGUUUUUAUUUUGCAAAUAUGCAGAUGUCUUGUUUAGUUUCUACUUUCAUCGUCAUAACAAAAAAAAAACACUUUUAUAUUCAAAGGUCUUAAAAACACACUUUUUGCUUUUAAAGCAGGAAUCUUGAAAGAAAACUUUACUUCCACCUAGCGGAUAAAGGGCUUUACUGCGCAAAUUGCUUUGAACAUUGAAAUACUCUAUGACUGUCUAUAAUAGUACUGUACUGUAGUAGCUUCAAAGACCUACUACAAACCAUUAAAACAAACUUUAAAAAGUGUUUUUUAUUAAUAUAAAUAUGUACACCUAUAUAGACUGUACUUAUAUUUUAAAAAGGGAUGACGAUAUAAUACAUGACAGAAGGUGCUUUUUUUCUUUAAAAAAAAAUGGACAGUUAAAUACUACAAAAGGAUAUAUUUUAAUUGAAAUGUGUGUGUGUGUUCGUGUGUGAUUAUGAUGGGGUCUCGUCUUCCACCCCCCCAUUUUUAACCUGUCCUGUUCGGCUGUUAAAGCAAGUAGAAUGGAGACUCUAUCCCUUUUAUGUCGGAACAGUUUCACUGUGCCACAGUGGGGUUUAUGAUACUGCCACUGUGGUUUUUUGUAUUAUGAUUAUUGAAAUUUUCAGUCGAACAGAAGGUUUUAAAGGAGUUACAGAAACUAAAGGAAAUGACAGGCCUCGAAACGUCGACGAAGCUAAAGUACCGACGCUUUGACUCUGCAUUUGAAUGCAUCUUCAUUCUAAAACCACGUGGUUAUGUGAUGACGUGUCUGCUCGGCUAAGCUCCCAUUGGUCGAUAGGCGAUUAAGGGGGCUGGCUAAAGAGAUAAACAUGACGGCGAAGCUCCUCGUUCCUCUAAUGUUUCAAAGUACAUAAAAGAAAGGAAAAAGGGUGAGCGUUUGAAAAGCAGCCAUGGUGGAAGUGUUCGCCGGCCGCACUCUGCUCAACAAAGACGGCGACUUGGUGGAGCCAGAAGAGGCGCUGAGGAACAAGGUGGUGGGCAUCUACUUCUCGGCCGGUUGGUGCCCGCCGUGCCGCGACUUCACGCCGGUGCUGUGCGACUUCUACACGGAGCUGGUGGAGGAGGGCGAGCCCCCCGUGCAGUUCGAGGUGGUCUUCGUGUCGUCGGACAAGUCCACCGAGGACAUGGUGGAGUACUACCACGACAUGCACGGCGACUGGCUGGCUCUGCCUUGGACGGACGACUACAAGCACGAAUUGAAGAAGCGCUACAACAUCACGGCCGUGCCCAAGCUGGUGAUUGUGAAAGAGAAUGGCCACGUGAUCACAGACAAGGGCCGCAAGCAGAUCCGAGACAGGGGCCUGGCCUGCUUCAGGACCUGGCUGGAAGCUGCUGAGAUCUUCCAGAACUUUAAAGGCUAGAAAACAACAAUAACAACAACAACGUGAAGAAGUAUGACAUGUUGAACCGCCUUUUCAGACACCACUAAGAAGCUUGAAUGCACUUCAAUCAGGGGUGUCCAAAGUCUGCAUAUUGUAAUAAUAAAAUUAAACACGGGCCGCAUCAAAAGUUAACUACUUAGCAUUCAGUGACCUACAACAUAUUGAAUUGAUUUGAGCAGGUUUCAUAUACACACAGUGAAGUGGGCUGCCCUCUUACUUCCCUUUUUCCUGUAUGUGGCCCUCAAUAGUUUGGACAUCCCGGGUGUAGAUGGUGAUAUUAUGUACAUAUUUAUUUUUAUUAAAAAUAAUUUAACUCAUUCACUGCCAUGGCAAUUUGACUUCUAAAGCCGUCAAUGGGAGUGAAUGUGUUAAUAAACCUGUCUGCACAAAGAUAACACUCACUUUUGAGGGACAGUACAACUGCACUCAGAGCUGUUUCUAAAUUUAUGCUCCACUGGUUACAGGCAGCACGGUGAACUAGUGGUUAGCAUACAAGCCUUACUGUUCUUUUUUGGGGGGUUUGAAUGUCAGCGAAGUUUGCAUGUUUUUCAUGUGCUUGAGUGAGGUUUCUUCCCACAUUCCAAAAUUAUGUACUCUGAAUCAUUCAUUCUGUAUAGUGUGAAAGCAGAUGUGAAUGUGUUUGUCUAUAGGUGCACUGCGAUUGGCUGGCGAGCAGUUCAGGGUAGGCACCAGCUCACUUGCGACCAUAAUGAGCACUAUAGACAAUGGAUGGUUGUUGAGCUACAUGAGAGGGACAGAAUAUUAGGAACAGCUCUGCAAAUCAUGAUAACAAACCUAUUGUUGAGUUAAUACCUCUCUGUAAAAGUGAGCAUUUGCAUGUUUUUUACAAGCAAAUAUUGAUAUAAAAGAGGCUGAAAAGAUUGUAGCUGUCUAAUCCUAUGCAUUUUGAGAGGAACCUCAGGCAGAACUUUUGCGCUAGAUGUCAUUUUUGGUAUAUACCCCUUCAUCCAACUACUUUUUAUAUAAUGUUUUCAUGCAUUAAUAAAAUUAUAUUCUAAGGUC